AUGUUGUCUGACCCUCAUCAAGACAGUGUCACCUCCUGUCACCCCAACUACCAUGAUGGAGCAGCAGAUAACCUGGACAAAUGUGUCAUAGAUGUGUACUCGUGGGGCACUACACCCGAAAGUCAUAAGGCAGUUUGCCCAGGGCCCACAGGGUAUGGGCAAGGCGCACCUGCAUACACAUGUGGGUGUUACAAGUCGCCCAAACCUCCUUCGGACCUGGAGCAACAUCAAGAUGAGGGGGAGACCGUGAGCAAAAAGGCUCAUGAGCUGCUGUCACAUUCAAAGCGAAAAACACUUGACUCCGAUCAAGACUCUGAUCAGAGGAGUUUUGGACUUGAUAUUACAAAUGCACAGUGCACAGCACCAAUGCCUGCCACUGAAAUGCUGCUACAGAAAUGUAGGAAGCUAGGAAGGGGAGUUGAAGGCAUGGGGGGUUCAGUACAGUCCCUUAAAGUCCUCCUGAAGGUUGCGGAAGCCAUUGAGAAACAGACAACAGUUCUUCAGCAGAUCUGCAAUGCAGUGAAAAGCGUAGAAUUCAAAGACUAG